CAGCGUAGGAGACAGUGCUGCCUUUGAGAAAUGUGAAUCAGAAAUUGAAAUAGUUAUAUGCUUUUCUGGAAAAUGUUCACAAUGUUAACGCCAUCGAGUCUCGUACGAAGAUGGCUAGUACAAGAAAUCCAGCGAAUAUACUGGAAAUUGGCUGACAGGAGAGCUUUGCGUAGCGCACUAUUUGUGGCUGAUAGCCUAGAUCCGCGCUGGAAAAGCCACGGGGCCGUGGGCUAUUUCUCCACGAGUAGUUCGCUCAGCGGUAAGGCACGGGGAGUUACGAAGAAGGGAGCCCUUUCUGAGAAGAAAUUGACUCGCUACUUUGUUGAUCACCGUAGAGUUACAGUGGUGGCUGGCUCAGGUGGCAAGGGUGCCAGCACUUUUCACAGCGAACCCAGGAAAGAGUGGGGAGGCCCAGACGGCGGCAAUGGAGGUGACGGAGGAAACAUUGUUAUUAAAGUCGACCGGCAGGUGAAAUCACUGUCGCUGGUCGCACCAGUUUACCGAGGGGAGGAUGGAGAACCGGGGGGCAGCAAGAACUGCUACGGCCGGAAUGCACACACCACAUACAUUAGAGUACCAGCAGGUACCAUUGUGAAGGAGAAUGGGAAGAUUGUGGUGGACCUGUCCCAUCAUAACCAAGAGUAUAUCGCAGCCUAUGGUGGAGCUGGUGGCAAGGGGAACCGAUUUUUCCUCUCCAACGAGAACCGUGCACCUGUGAAGGCCACCCCUGGAGAACAGGGCCAGGAACGGGUCGUGCAUCUGGAGCUGCAAACCUUGGCACAUGCAGGACUGGUUGGAUUUCCAAAUGCAGGGAAGUCUUCCCUAUUGCGAGCCAUCUCCAAUGCAAAACCGGCUGUUGCUGCUUAUCCCUUCACCACACUAAAUCCCCAUGUUGGAGUUGUGCAGUACCGGGACCAUGAGCAAGUGGCGGUGGCUGAUAUCCCGGGGAUCAUCCGAGGGGCGCACCUGAACCGCGGCCUGGGGAUCUCUUUUCUGCGGCACAUCGAGCGCUGCCGCUUCCUGCUGUUCGUCCUGGAUGCGUCAGCCCCAGAGCCCUGGGCCCAGCUGCAGGACCUCCGCUUCGAGCUGGAGCAGUAUGAGCCCGGGCUGUCCGAGAGGCCGCAGGCCAUUGUGGCCAACAAGAUUGACCUCCCCGAGGCACGGGAGAACCUUGCCACCCUCAGGGAUCGUGUGACCCAGAGGGUCAUCCCUGUAUCAGCGCUCACUGGCCACAACGUGGAGGAGCUGAUCCUGCACCUGCGGGAGCUGUAUGACGGGUACCUGCAGGCAGAGGAGCGGGCAGGGGCAAAGCCUGUGAAGUGGUAGCUGUCAGAGAAAGGAGCUGCAUCUCAGUUGCUGCUCUCCACUGUUGGCAGUUAAUGUGAGGGCCUUAAGAGUGUUUUAAAAACAGAUUAUUUAAGUAUAAAUUAUUUGUGAAGCUGUGAC